AUGGACGUGUUGGCUAGUUAUAGUAUAUUCCAGGAGCUACAACUUGUCCACGACACCGGCUACUUCUCAGCUUUGCCAUCCCUGGAGGAGACCUGGCAGCAGACAUGCCUUGAAUUGGAACGCUACCUACAGACGGAGCCCAGGAGGAUCUCGGAGACCUUCGGUGAGGACUUGGACUGUUUCCUCCAUGCUUCUCCUCCCCCGUGCAUUGAGGAGAGCUUCCGGCGCUUGGACCCGCUGCUGCUCCCCGUGGAAGCCACCAUCUGCGAGAAGAGCUCGGCCGUGGACAUUCUGCUCUCUCGGGACAAGUUGCUCUCUGAGACCUGCCUCAGCCUCCAGCCAACCAGCUCUUCUCUCGACAGCUACACGGCCGUCAACCAGGCCCAGCUCAACGCAGUGACCUCAUUAACGCCCCCCUCGUCCCCUGAGCUCAGCCGCCAUCUGGUCAAAACCUCACAGACUCUCUCAGCCGUGGAUGGCACGGUGACGUUGAAACUGGUGGCCAAGAAGGCUGCGCUCGGCUCAGUAAAGGUGGGAGGGGUGGCGACGGCGGCGGCGGCCGUGGCGGCAGCGGGGACAGUUAAGAGCGGACAGAGCGACAGCGAGCAAGGAGGGGUGGGGGCCGAGGCGUGCCCCGAAAACAAGAAGAGGGUUCACCGCUGUCAGUUUAACGGGUGCCGGAAAGUUUAUACAAAAAGCUCCCACCUAAAGGCCCACCAGAGGACUCACACAGGUGAGAAGCCUUAUAAGUGCUCAUGGGAAGGGUGUGAAUGGCGUUUUGCACGAAGCGAUGAGCUCACGAGGCACUACAGGAAACACACAGGUGCAAAGCCCUUUAAAUGCAACCACUGCGACAGGUGUUUUUCCAGGUCUGACCAUCUUGCCCUCCAUAUGAAGAGACAUAUCUAAAAACCCUAAAGGCCAGAGUUGCCAUGGCGUCGGCCGUUGUCUAAAGGAAAUGCCGUGAGGCAGGGGGCUGGACUUCAGGCGGGGAGCCAUUGCCUCGCAGAAGAAAGUUCUCACGUAUAAACCUCUGUGUACACACGCACACACACACACACACACACACACACACAGACACGCACUCACAUAGACCCACACACACGCACUGUCAUGCACUCAGCUAUAUUUAAAAUAUAUACGUCUAUUCUUUAUGCCUUGCCCUUGCCAGAUGGUAGAAGAUGAAGAAGAAGGAAACCAGGUGAACUCAGCAAGGCAGACUGGCUGCUUACUUCAGCACUAUUGGAAUUAUUUCCCGCUGUUGCCAAUGGAAAUCAAAGAAAAUGGAUGUGACGUCUCUUCAGGUGGACGGCAGUAAGAGGGGCUUAUUUAACUUGCUUCUCAGUGCAACUUGAUAGGAGAAUACAACGUCUUAAAGUUGCAUAUGUGUAGCACUGAUGUUUCUUUUUAAAUAGUUGGGGGAAAAUGACCUAGAAAACCAAAUUGCAGUUUGGUAGCCAAAAUUAACUCUUGGUUUAUUUGUCCUUUGUGUGUGAAAAGUCCUACUAUUCCGUGCGUCCGACUUCCUCACAGAACUGUUGAUCGGUUUUGGUUCUUCUUAGUACUAUUGAGAUCUUUCGAGUCAAUACCAACGGCCUUAGCGGCGGCAGACUCUGGAAUAACACCUUACACCUUUCUGGCCUGCAUUUCUCUAGACUUCACUCUCAAGGGAGGAGUUUUCUUUUCUUACUUUUUGACUCUUGCACACCAUAUGCACUAGGGAUUCUGGAAACUUCUAGCAUGACUGCAAAGUGGCCAAGAGAAUAAAGUCCUUGAUGAUAAAUCACAGUAUAUCCCUUGAGCCUCACCUUAUUGCCAGUGCUAGAUUUUUUCUUUUUAAUCUCUCUGUUUUUGCUAACGAAAACUUGAAAAAGCUUAUUUGGAAGCUUAAAUGUUUUAUCUUUUCUCCAUGGACUAAACCUCUCCAGGACUCUCUCGGCACCUGGAUGUCCAGCUCUCGAAGCAGCCAAUCAGAUGGGACAUCACAGUUCUCUCAUCCCCCUUGAGGCAUCAUGACCUCAGCUCAUAGUGACCAACCCCGUGCUGUGUGUCAUUGCCACCUUAGAACCACUUUCAGCAUAGAUGUCGCUAGUCUCAAAGGGCAGCUGCAUAUUUAGCCUAACUCUGGGUUCUGACCUGACAAAAAGCCAAAAAUAUCACUCUUUCCAGGAGUGGGGAGAACUGAGGAUGCCUCCCGAGUCUAGUGGCUUCCGAAAACAUCAUCCUAUCUUCCUCUCUCAUACCCACUGAGCUCAUAUUCCCCCACUUGUUAAAACACACAAUUCGAAAUGCCAUUGUGGGAACGAAGGGUGGACAUUUAAGGAAAGGGUCGAGAAGUUUCUCUCAUGGUCUGUCUGAAAGGAAAGACAUAUUUCUAAUUCUUUUUGGCUAGACCCCCCAUGACUCGUGACCUAGAGCACCCAGGAUCAACAGAGGCCUCACACGUACUCUGCAAGCUGACUCCAAGGGGGCAUACAUUCCUCAUUUUCAGCCCACACACAUCCAAUAUCGGUCUCUAUCUACCCGCAUUCUUAGCUAGCUGGCCCUGGCCUCAACUCCAAAGACUGCCUUUAGGACCAUUAAAUGGCCUAUG